AUGUCAUCAGGCGUACCUCCUACUUCAGCUUCAUCAGCUUCAUGCUCUUGUGGAUCCAGUAACCCAAGUAGCAUCUGCACAUGUCAAAAAGACCACGAAUGUAAAUGCGCUCCUGGUACAUGCACUUGUCCCGGAUGUCCUGUUCACUUGAAAGAGGAGAAAAAGGAUUGCACCUGCAAGUACGAUACUGAACCCUAUCAUGAUUUCACAGAUGUUACCCAGAAUGUAAAUGCGCUCCUGGGAAAUGCGAGUGUGGUUCAUGCCCUAACUCCAACAAGAACAAGGAGGAGAAGGCUUGCGGAUGCGGUGAAUCAUGCUCUUGUCCUCCAGGUCAAUGUAAAUGCGAAAAUUGUCCAGCCAAAUCCAAGAAGGAAGAAUCUAAGUCUUGCUCAUGCGGCGAUUCAUGCAGCUGUCCUCCAGGUCAAUGUACUUGUGACAACUGUCCUUCCAAAUCCAAGUAAACGUCGCGCCAACAGACUCUCUUCUAAAGACUGA